CGCUACUACUAGCUAUCCCCCCCUCUUUGCUGUUCUAUCUCAUUCAUUGAGAGCUUCUUACAUCCCUCCCACCCUUCUCCCCUCUCCCCUCUCCCCUCCCCAUAUUCAUCAUGGCCGCCCGUCGGUCGCUUGCCCGUUCCAUCCCCGCUCUCCGCGUUGCCUCUCCCCGCACGGCCGUGGCCACCACCAGAUCAGUAGCUGCGGCGUCGGCCUCCCGGCGUCUCUCGACUGCCACCCUGUCUUCGUUGUCGUCGCCAUCAUACUCUGCUUCCUCGGUAGCAUCUCCAGCUGCUCUGGUGGCCACCCGCAGACUCCACGCCACAGCCAGGCAGCUCACCCCCGCAACCACCUCUGCGGCUACCACCGCCACCGAAUACCCGACGGACCACCGUCCCAUUGCCAACCCCAUUGACACCGCCAAUUUCCUAGACAACAAAUUCGUCUCGUCCAAGGCGACGACAUGGAUUGACCUGCACGACCCCGCUACCAACAACCUGAUCACCCGGGUCCCGCAAAGCACCGAUGAGGAGUUGCGGGCCGCCGUGGAGUCCGCGGAGAAGGCUUUCCCGGCAUGGCGCGCAACAAGUGUCAUUGCCAAACAGCAGAUCAUGUUCAAGUUUGUUAGUCUGAUUCGCGCGAACUGGGAUCGCCUGGCUGCAUCCAUCACGCUUGAGCAAGGUAAGACCUUCGCCGAUGCCAAGGGUGACGUUCUCCGUGGCCUUCAGGUCGCCGAAACCGCCUGCGGCAUCACCACCCAGUUGACGGGCGAAGUAUUGGAAGUUGCCAAGGAUAUGGAGACUAGAAGCUAUAGGGAGCCUCUGGGCGUGGUUGCCGCCAUCUGUCCUUUCAACUUCCCCGCAAUGAUCCCCCUUUGGUGCAUUCCCGUCGCUACCGUAACCGGUAACUGUCUCAUCAUGAAGCCGUCCGAGCGGGACCCCGGAGCGGCGAUGAUCCUGGCAGAGCUGGCUAAGGAAGCAGGCUUCCCUGAUGGUGUCAUCAACAUCGUCCACGGCGCUGCAAAGACGGUCGAUUUCAUCCUUGACGAGCCCGCCAUCAAGGCCAUCAGCUUCGUCGGAAGCAACCGCGCCGGAGAGUACAUCUACACUCGAGGCUCUGCCAAUGGCAAGCGUGUCCAGGCCAACCUGGGCGCUAAGAACCAUGCUGCCGUGAUGCCGGACUGUAACAAGAACCAGACCCUCAACGCCAUCGUCGGAGCGGCGUUCGGUGCUGCUGGCCAGCGCUGCAUGGCUCUGAGCACGCUUGUCACGGUUGGCGAGACUCAGGACUGGCUUCCGGAGAUGGCCGAACGGGCCAAGGCUCUGAACGUCAACGGAGGAUUCGAAGAGGGUGCCGAUCUCGGCCCCGUCAUCAGCCCCGAAAGCAAGAAGCGCAUCGAAGACCUGAUCGCCAGCGCCGAAGAGGAGGGCGCCACAAUUCUCCUCGACGGUAGAGGCUACAAGCCGGAGAACUACCCCAACGGCAACUUUGUCGGCCCUACCAUUAUCACGAACGUGACCCCCGAGAUGAAGUGCUACAAGGAGGAAAUCUUCGGCCCCGUCCUGGUUUGCCUCUCCGUCCCCACCUUGGACGACGCCAUCGAUCUCAUCAACGCGAACGAGUACGGCAACGGCGCUGCCAUCUUCACCUGCUCCGGCCCGACCGCCUCCCGCUUCCAGAAGGACAUCGAGGCCGGCCAGGUCGGCAUCAACGUGCCCAUCCCGGUCCCGCUGCCCAUGUUCUCCUUCACCGGUAAUAAGAAGAGUAUCGCCGGUGGCGGCGCCAACACCUUCUACGGCAAGCCCGGGCUGCAGUUCUACACCCAGCAGAAGACAGUGACCAGCCUGUGGCGGAGUGAGGAUGCCGUCAGCACCAAGGCCCAUACCGUCAUGCCUACUCACUCAUGAUAUUAUGAGAUGGAAAACAAACCAAAAAAAAUUAUAAAAAACCAAAGCAGCGGAUAUGAAUCUAUACCACUUAUGUAUUUUUCUAUUGUUUCAUUGCGACCUAGUUCAACCUGAUUCCUUCAAAUUGCCAUUGCGCUCUCCCAGUAUGAUACUCUGAUCUUUACUUGGCGGAUCUCAACGGGAAUGAAUUCAGCUGGAGUCGGGGUGUUGGGCAGGCAGGUCAAAUGCUAUGCCCUGGAUGUACAUGCACUUACAUGGCUACUAACGUACUUUUCUGCGCUUUCGCAAUUUUCAAUGGAUCGUGUGCAUAUACGCUUAAUGAAAGGGACUAUGAUAAUGUUGACAUCUGAAU